CUUCAUUAUCCUUCAUCAUCUUCCACCACUUUUGCAAUAUAUUUCGAUCAUCAUCCCUUAUUUCAGAUUUUAAAAACCUGCAACCAUGUUAGAAGGAAAAGCUGUGAUCGGGGAGACUGAUAUGCUUCAAACCAUGCAAGAAGAUGCACUUCAACUCGCAGCUAAAGCACUCGACUUCUUUGAUGUAACCGAAGCCACUGAUAUAGCCCGAGUGAUUAAACAGGAAUUUGAUGCGAUGUAUGGAGGUGGUUGGCAGUGUAUCGUAGGGACUGAUUUUGGGUCGUUUGUGACUCAUUGUUAUGGUUCUUUCAUUCAUUUUUCUAUUGGGAGUCUUUCUAUUUUGCUGUUUAGAGGAUCAGCAGCACCAGAGAUCGAUAACUUUUCGACAUUGGAGAGUGUAAAAGCAUGA